AUGUUCAAGCUGUGCAUUCUCUCCGUUCUCCUAACUAUCGUAUACGCUGCACCUGCACCUGCGCCAGGAGCGGUUCUGGCGGCACCUGCGGCAAUUGCGGCAGUUCCAGCGCCCAUCGUGACAGCAAGUAGCAGCCAAGUGGUCGCUAGAAAUUACAACACGCUCGCCGCAGCUCCUCUUGCUCCGGUCGCCUAUGCCGCGUCACCUCUAGCAGCUUACAGCACUCAUGCCGUUGCACCAUUUGCACCUGCUGCAUACGCAGGAUACGCCUAUUCCGCACCACUCCUUAUUAUCGUACUGACUGCAAGCCAGACAUAUACGAGCUUCAAGAUGUUCAAACUGUUGUGCUUGUCGGCCUUUUUGGCAUUCGCCGCGGCUGCACCCGCACCAGCGCCCGCGCCAGCACCGGCACCGGCACCCGGGGCGAUUAUCGGCGCUCCGCUUGUGACAUCCUACAGUGCUCCCAUCGUUUCCGCACCAUUAGCUUACAACGCAUACAGUCUACCGACUUAUAGCGCGUACUCGGCAUACCCGGCCUUACCGUACGCGUAUAAAAGUUACGCGACUGGCCUAAUUGUCUAAACAUCGAAGGAUCAAGCAUUAAGGAGACCAUUAAGGACCAAUUUCCAUCGACACACUUCACAAAUCGAUCGAUCGAUUCAAUGAUCAACGCCUACGAAAUCUUUUCCAAAAAUUAACCACGGAUUUGUGUUUCUCCGCGGUUCAUUCUCUUCAUCCCUUUCUCAUUCGUUCAAAUAACUCCGCAUUUACAUUCCAUUAGACCCAGAAUCAAUAAAGCCGCUUAAAAGCAA